AUGCCACACUCACUUUCCUUCAUCAUCUGCCUAAUCGUUGUUCUCCUCCUUUUACCAACUGAACUCCUCGCCAGUGAAGAUUGCUACAAGUAUAGUAAAAAGGAAUUUACAACAAUUACGGCGUGCGAUCAUGGAUGCGAGUAUGUGUACAAAAACAAAGCGAUAUGUAUGCCAGUCUAUCGAAACCUACGAGGAGGCUAUUCAUUCCAGAGCAGCAUAGAACUUACUCACCUCUGA